AGAGAAAACACAAGAGGAAUGAAGAAGUCGAAUCAAGUAAUGUGAAAGAACAAAGGCCAAUUGCUCAUCUACAGGGACGAGUCGACAACACCAAAUUUCAACACAAGGAUAUCAUGAUAUUGGACCUAUGGACCGCAAUGUCAAUUUUGCUACUCCAAAAUGUGGUAUGGAGAGAGACUUGCGCCAAAAGUCAACACCAACAAUCCUAAAUUUUCAAUGUAUUGUCAACAAGGGCGGGUUCGGUUACCUUUAUUACAACAACCACCUGAUUUUCUUUUAAACCUCUUCAAAGGCAGCAAUAGAAGAAGUGUAAAGUUUCUUAACAACAUUAGGGCAUACAAUAUGAUGUUUGCAUUCACUUCUUUGGGAGGCAAGAUACAAAAGGAAGUCAACAAUUCUAGAGGACCAUAUGUAUAUAGGAUGCAUGGUCAGAACUAUCGCUUGAUGGGAAGCUUACUACCAAUGGAUUCUGGCAAAUCUAAGUUCUCACAACUUUAUAUUUAUGACACGGAGAAUGAGAUACCAAAUAAACUCCAUGCAUUAGAAUCAGACCAGACCAACAAAUUUAAAUCCAAAAAGCAUCCUAAAGUUAGCACAUGUUGGACUUUACUUGGAAAAAGGGUAUUCCCGCAUGGGCAGCUAUAUGUGGUCGUUUCAAGAGUCAAGAGCAGAAAUGGGUUGAAAAUUUUGUUGGGUGGAGGAGAAGGCUGCAAUACAACAACGAAUGUUGUGUACAAAGAGGUCUUUCAAAAUGUGUAAUUUUCUUUUAAACCACAUCAAUAAUACUUAGCACAUGAAUAUUUUCAUUUCGCUGUAACUUUAUUUCUUUACACCCUACAAACCAUUUUCAACUAAUGUGUUCAUCUCACUAAAAAAUCUAAUGUGCU